CCACAAAAUCCAAAUCAAAAGAUAAUGCGAUUCCACGGCAUACCGAGUCCACGGUUUCAAGAAAAGAGCUUCAAGAAAAUGAGGUUAGCAAUGCCUCCGCACAACAAAAAAAGGAGGUUAGCAACGCCUCCGCACGGGUAAAAAGUUCUGGUGCUAAGAAGACCGUAGCUAGGAAAAAAACUACCACCAAGUAUAGGUCGUGCCUCAGGACAUUUCUAGAGAUGACCGAUAUACCGACCGGAGGUGUUCGGACCCUACAUAUGGAGGUAGGGAUUUUCGGCUUUGAUUACGACCAAAUGAUUGGUAAUGAAGACUUCAUGCAAGUUUUUAGUCAUGAAGAAAUCGGCGUCAACGUUGUCAAUACAUAUAUUAGGUUUUUGUAUGACAAAUUGAUGCGCCCCAAUGGUUUGGACGUGUCAUUCGGAUUCUUAGCACCCGCGACCGUCAACUUAGUUUUAAUCUUAAAUAGACCGGAUACCGUGACGGAGUACGUUCUUCGGAUCCUCAUGGACAAUAAAGAUGCGGAGAAGUUGUUUUUUAUACCGUUUAAUACCGGUGGACAUUGGUUGUUGCUCGCAAUCAAUCCUAUCCGAGAAAUUGUGUAUUAUCUUGACUCGUUAGGAAAUGAUUGGACAACAUACCCGGAUAUGAAGGUCCUAAUUGACACCGUCCUACAAGCUUUUCGGGCCCAACGAGUUAUCCAAACCUCAAGGAGGGCUAUUAAAGAUCAAUGA